UCCCGCGAUUUCCACCAAACGCCCUCCGUUCUUCCUUUUUCCCCAAAACUCCGACUCCGACACCGGCCUCUGAAAAUUCCUCCCUCCCGCUCUCUCACUCCAAUGACGUCAGCAUCCCCGUCGGGCCCACGGCCCGCAACAGGGGCCCGGCUUCUCACCGAUCAGAAAUCCACCGUCGAAGAAGAAGACGAAGAAGACGAUGAAGAUUUCAACCCUCUCUCCCACCAAACGCUCUCUCCCGAAGCUUCUUCCAGCCUCAGUUCCGAAAACGAGCACUCCGCCCAACCCAAAUCCCAACCGCCCGUUCCGAUCAACCCUCCUCAGAAUCAACGGCCCACAUCCCCCGCCAUCGAAGAUGAAGAAGAAACCGAAACCGUAAUGCAGACCAAAGAAAGCUCUCUAGGGCAGGCUACCAAAACAACGGUGGAGCAUCGAGAUGGCGAUGGCACCGAAGAUGCGAUCUGCAGGCGUACCAGGGCUCGGUACUCCCUCGCCAAUUCCACGCUCGACGAGCUGGAGACAUUCCUCCAGGAGACGGACGAUGAGGAUGAUUUUUACAAUGCCGGUGAUGAAGAGGAAUACCGGAAAUUUCUCACCGCGGUGCUGAACGGCGAUGCUGAUGGCAGUGGCGGUCCUGAAGGUAAUGGGAGCACCUGUGUCGUUGGGGACGACGAUGAGGAGAACGACGCCGAUUUCGAGAUUGAGAUCGAGGAGGCGCUGGAGAGUGAUGGUGGUGGAGGCGAGCGGCAGCCUGAGACCCGCCAAAAGCGGCGGCGGAAGGCCUCCGCCAGGAGCAAGAAGAAGAAUAAGAAGUUUCUGGGGCAGGCGAAUGUGCCUCUGCGCCCUCUGUUGCCGUCUGUCUCGAACGGGCAGGUCCUGCCUGCACUGCAUCCCCCGUUGCUGCCCUUCAAUGCUUUCGAGCGCUGCCCUCGGCUUCUUCAGCCCGAUCAGAUGAUGGGCUUCACAGCCGCCCAGAUCGGCGAGCUGUAUUGUCUGAUACAUGAGCACGUGCAGCUUCUUAUCCAGGUAUACUCUCUCAGUGUCCUCGACCAGUCUCGGCAGCAUGUUGCAAAUGGCGUUGAAAAGCUGAUUCUGGAGAUGAGCCACACACGCAAUGAGGCUUUAGCCUGGAGGAAAAUUCCAUACCCGGAUGUUUGCUUUCAGCCUCCAUAUGUGCACACAUCGGUGUUUGAUAACUUGCCUCAGUCGCGAGGGACCCAAUUGGAUUCUAUGGGUCCGCAUCGAAGUUCUGAAGGUUCUAUCUGGAUGCCUGUAAUUAACGGUCCUGUAAGGUCCGUUCUUGAUGUAUCACCGCUUAGCUUGGUCAGGAGAUAUGUGGCUGAUGUUUCGAUGGUCUGCCUUGGUUUGCCCGUUUCAACAGCCGUAGAAGUGCAUAAGCAGUGUCAUGUGGAAGCUGUCUACAGCAGUACCCAUUUUGAGAAAGAACCUCUUUUCCCGCUUCCUAGUUUAAGUCCCUCUGUUGAGGAAGCUAAUAAUGAAGCUUUGAAAGAAGCUGCUCCCACUGAUCAAGCACAAAAACCUAAGAAGACUUUGGCUGCGUUGCUUGUAGAAAGUACCAAGCAGUCAGUUGCUCUUGUCCCAAAGGACAUUGUCAAGCUAGCGCGGAGGUUUUUCCCACUGUUCAAUUCGGCGUUGUUUCCUCAUAAGCCUCCCCAGGCAUCUCUUGCUAAUCGGGUGCUUUUCACUGAUGCAGAGGAUGAAUUAUUAGCAAUGGGUUUGAUGGAAUAUAACAAUGACUGGAAGGCAAUCCAACAACGGUUUCUUCCUUGCAAAUCCAAGCACCAAAUCUUUGUAAGGCAGAAGAAUCGUAACUCCUCAAAAGCACCUGAAAAUCCAAUAAAAGCAGUUCGACGCAUGAAGACUUCUCCAUUGACUGCUGAAGAAAAAGCACGUAUUCAUGAGGGACUCAAAGUCCUAAAGCUUGAUUGGAUGUCAGUAUGGAAAUUCUUUGUCCCACAUAGAGAUCCAUCCUUACUGCCCCGUCAGUGGCGAAUUGCACUUGGGACUCAGAGGUCAUAUAAGACAAGUGAUUCUGUGAAGGAAAAGCGGCGAUUAUAUUUAUCAAAGAAAAGAAAAAUAAAAAAGGCUUUGUCUGGUUGGCAAAGUACAUCAGAAAAAGAGGUUGAUAAUGCUGAUGGAGGGGAUAAUAGUGCAGAAGGUAACAUGGAUGAUGAAGAUGAAGCCUAUGUGCAUGAAGCAUUCUUGGCAGAUUGGAAACCUGGAAGCUCCAGGCCCAUGUCUUCUGAACUUCCUCUCUCAAAUUUUAGCAGUACCCUCCUGCAAUCUGGUGGUACCCUGGCACAAGUUGGUUCACAUGGAGGAGAAAAAUGGACUGGAAUUAUGAAUGAAUACGAGGGAUCUGGUUCCAUGCACGAAUAUGAGGCUGCUUCGGAGUCCCCUGGUGACCAGCAAAAUGCAUCUUGUUUUAAUAAUGUUAGGUACAGUGCAUCUCACACUGUGGGUUCUGGCCAAAUGACUUCUGAUUGCAAAUUGAAGCCUUUCAGGCCAUACCGAAUGCGUAAAAGCAAUGCUGCUCAGUUGGUCAAGUUAGCACCCGAUUUGCCUCCAGUAAACCUUCCCCCAUCUGUCCGCGUGAUCUCCCAAUCUGCUCUCAAAAGCUCCAACUGUGAAUCACCAAUUUCUAAGCACCAUGGUUGUGAAACAGAAAAUCCAGUCUUGAGGUCUCCCCAUGUGGUAAGAUCAAGUGCUCCUUCCAUGACUGCUGUAAAAUCCAGAAACGUACUCCCCAAAAACAGUACUGAAAAUCAUUCCCAAAAAGACCCAAGAACAUCUCCAAAUCAACUCGUCACUGAGGAAGGCGUCCCUGAAUCAGAUCUUCAGAUGCAUCCUUUACUACUCCAGGCCCCUGACGAUGGACGCGUGCCAUAUUUUCCAGCGAAUGAGAAUGCUAAUGGUUCUAAUACUUUCAGUUUCUUUCCAGGAAAUCCUUUUCAGGCUAACCUCAAGCCCUUCAGCAAGUCCCAACAUGUAGGUAGCACCUUGGAUUGUUUCCAUCCAGCUCUAAGGUCAAAGGAAACACCUUCUGACUUGUGCACUAUUGACUUCCAUCCGCUCUUGCAAAGAUCUGAUAAUGUAGAUAGUGACCCCGUAAUUGGAUCUUCGGUGGCUCACAUGUCUGGUGAUUCAGAAUCACUCCAAGGCAGUUCUGCUCGUAUUUCCAAUUCAUCUAAUCCCAUUCCGAUUUCACAAGUCAUUGAUGAUCAGUGGGCUACCAAUACUGCACCUUCCAGCCCUUAUGAAAAGGCAAAUGAACUGGACUUGGACAUCCACUUAAGUACAUCAACUAGCAAGGAGAAUAUUAAGGGAAGCAGAGGCAUGACUGAACAUGACCUUAGUGGACCGACCACAAGUGCACUGGACGAUAGAAACAUAGAAGAAAGACAACAGAGUAAUAUCCAAUCUUAUCACAACGGAGAAAACUGCUCUUCAGCUUCUUUCGCAGCCAAUUCAUGUGUGAAUGCAGCGGGAAUUGGUAAAACAGGCUCGCAGACAAAAGCUAGCAAUGAUACACAUGCUAUAGCUCAUGAAAUGGCACUAUCAGGCAACAGUAUAAGCAGAUAUGGUGAAGAUAAUCAAUGUGAGCAAUCUCUUCAAGAAAUUGUGAUGGAACAAGAAGAGUUGAGUGAUUCUGAUGAAGAUAUCGGAGAAGAUGUAGAAUUUGAAUGUGAGGAGAUGGCUGAUUCCGAAGGAGAGGAACUGGAUUGUGAGCAGCUUGCUGAUAUACAAAUUAAGGUGGGCUCAACCAUGACAGCAAAUGGAGAAAAGAUUGUAGCCAGCCAGGAUCAUGAUAGACAAAGGACAUGCGAUCCGCAAAGCAAUGUCUGUAUUGCCAAGAGCAACACACGUUCCCGUAAGUUAGGAUCGACUGAAAAACAAAAAAAUGCUGUGAGUUUUAGCUCUGAGACGUGCACCCCAGGGAGUUCUGGUUCAAAAUCCAAACUUGAAAGAAGGAAUCAAGAUGAUCAAGACCUGAGCAACGGACUUGGAUCCCGUCCCAGCAGAUUGAGCAAGAGGAAGCCCAAAACGGAGGGUGCAACGGCACGUCCUCGAGAAUCUCCACUGCCCCAUUUAAGUUCUGCUGCUGCUGAACAUGAUGGUAUUCUGUUAGUGAAGAAACCCAGAAAGCGGGUAUGCAGAACAAAUCCGAAGACCACAAUGAAUAAGAAUACGGUUUGCUCAGACCCAUUGCCAUCGGCCAAGACAAAAGAAGGCACGAAACUGGAGCCUGAUACGGUUUGCUCGGAGCCAUUGCCAUCGGCCAAGACAAAAGAAGGUACGAAACUGGAGCCUGAUGGAAUUCCUUAACCUCCAUUGUAGGUUGCUUUUGUAAAUAUUUUCUCAUUGAAAUGGCAUUAGUUAUUUUUUUGUGUAAA